GCGUUCUAUAGCCCAAUUGUCAACUACAGGCCACCGAUUUAUGCGUAGGGGUCAACGAACCGUUGACUCAGCCAUCGAAGUAUGCAAUGUGUGUGAGUGGGCCUUGUUCGAUUGGAUAUUUUUGGUAGAAAAAAAAACAAAUUAGAUUAAAAGAACAAGAGAGAAAAUUGAAGCCGUGAUAGAUCGCAUUUUCCAUCAAGAGUCCGUUUGUGUUAAUUGGCUGCCAAACGUAACUUACCUCAUCAGCUCGUCAUACGACAACAGAUAGAACUUCCAGGAAUAAUUUCGAGAACAAGGACAUUAAACCAUACGACGAUCAACGAGUUUUUCUAACAACAAAAAGAAUCAGUAGUUGUUAGUAAUCAGUAAUUGUGUUCAGCGCAACACAGCUGGUCACAAGUGCCAUUACGGCAACGCAAACUCAAGCUAGACAUUGGAUAUGUAGACAAUUCAAGAUCGUUUUGACGAUGUUUUUGUUUGAUUUGUUGACUCAAGAUCGACGAUUCGUUACGGAUUUCGCGCCAUUUUUAAAUCAUUCAAAUUGUCGGGAGUCCGUUGUUCGCGUAACCGCAACGUUUUACCAGAUCUAAUAAUAUGGCAUGAGUAUAAGUAGGUGAAAGAAACAGACAGACAGCUGCAGGGCUGUCUCUAGUGCCUUGCGUAGCCACCGCCUUCGUACUGGGGAUACAUCAGCAGAGUCGGUGAAUAGUCGCCUCUGUAGCUGGACAUGAACUCAAGCUCGGUCACAUCACGCGAAAAACGUCUUUACAUCGUUCUAAAAAUGAGCCUACCUCGUACCGGAAUCGCUUCUUUCCUUCAAGUGUACAACGAUUGCUUCAGAUUAUCCAGUUGGGCAUUUCAUAUGAUGCGCAUAGAUCCCGCACUGGGUAGACUCGACUCGACCGUUAGAACGCAAAUAUCAAAGCUUCUACUCAUCUACCAUAUUACUAAUAACAUGAAUCUAAAUCUGUAAUCAGUUUCGUCAACUGCCUAAAUUUGCCAAGGGUAAUGUCGAAAUAACAUUGAAAAUUAUAAAGUGUUCCCUUUCUCCGAUCCUGCUGCAAAGUCUACUUCCAAGAUGUGUCAACCUGAGACGAAUGUCAAUUGAGGAGGCUUGGAGAUCGUGGAGAAAACGAUUGGCUUCUUCUUCUUGAGGCCGAAGGGACGUCGCACAGCACAUCGGCCGUUUUACAAUAUGAGUAUAAGCGGCAAUGGGUGUUGCAGUCAUCUACGUUUAUUUUGGCAUGUUGGAAACAAGCGAUCGGCCAAGAGACGUUACUCUAGCAAAAGGAAACUUUGAAUUUGUCGUCUCAGCGCUGCGAAGAAGCGCGGAAUAAAUUAACAAAUUCAGUAUGAGAUAGGACUAGUGGAAUACGAGUACCAACGAAAGUUGCAGUGAAGUUACAAAUAGUUCGAGUACCAAGGACAUGAACCUGGUUGACGCGUAUGGCUUUCAGCAACGAACGUCGACACCGAUAACAAGACGGAAGCGAUAUAGAAAUGUCUUCGCAAUUGAAAGCGUACAAAUUGGCUAGAGCCAAAACGUCGAUGUAAACCAUUUUAUCACGAGGAGUUUAGCAAUUUGCGUACACAGUAUAAGUCAAUCGAAAUGAUACGAAUGGAGCAAAUCGCGAGGCGCGGCAACCGCUUUGAACCAAAAGUACAAACGCCAAUCAAGGCUCAUAUUGUGGGCUUCAUUCGUUCUGUUCCACGCCACUUGCGCAAUCCGGACGUCCGAUUUCGCGUGGUCCUAGCGUUCCUGAUGGCAUCUAUCCUUUCGAUCGUGUUCUUAACGCAUCAUCUACAUCGCGCACUAGAAGACUCGAAGCAUGUCAAGAUGGGCAUUAAACUUGAUGAACGGGAUCUUUAUAUACACCAUAACUGGAGAGGGAUGUUACUUCAUGGGAAAUUAGCAAAUUCACUGAGUACAGCCCUAAUGGCACACACGUGCAAGACGGCCAAACCGGGUUUUUGCAAAGAAUGGAAAUUUCGUGCAAGGCUAGAAAUUUAUCUCGACUAUAGAGACAACAACGUCACAUGCUACAAUGUUCAAUGGAAGAAGAUGGGGCAUUCGGACAUGGAAGACACUUACAAUUUACGAAAUGCCGAAUGGUAUGGUAUGGGCGAAGUCGCUAACCUGUAUUGGCCUUCAAGAGAUUUUCACGUGGACUAUAUCAAGUUCGACACCGGCAAGGAACCAUUGGGAACCAUUAUCAAACCCUAUUGGCUAUCUUCUAAAGGCGUUGGGAUAAUGGUUCAUAAAAAGGAGAAGGAUGAGGUUCUCUUUAGCUUUAAUUCAACGGGAGACAAUCAACUUCUCCUUUACACCACCGACAAUGUUCUUAACUAUACGAUCUGCAAAGGGGAGACUGCCUUCGAUGUUCAUAUGUCUUUCUUCCCUCAGCUCGCACAUAGUAGGCGAACCCUGAAUCCGUAUAUCCGCGCGCAACAGGUUUCUUUAAUGUCACUUACGACUCCAAAGGAUGCUGGUGGCAAACGAGUGACAAAUGGAACUUCUGGGCUGCCUGUAACGCAGGCCGCGUUCGGUCAAGCGACAAACGAUGCAGCUGCCGAGGCCAAAAAAGCAGGAACGCGUUUGCUCGAGGGAAACUCAACGACGACGUUAUUUCUUGCCAAGGCCAUUCUUGCUCCACAGGUUGAGCGCGUGGAUGACUUCAAUCAAUCGAUGGUGCUAGCCUUUGCAGAGAAAUUCAAGAGUGACGAAGGUUUCAUUCAGGCGCAUGUUAUUGUCCUUCAACACUGGUGGCAACACAGUUCGGGUGACCUCGACUUCGACACAAAUCGCUUUCCGAAGCCGAUCGAAAUGAUGAAACAACUACAAAAGAGAGACAUAAAAGUGAUGGUUGAAGUAGAUCCGUACGUCUGUCUAAACUCAUCUAAUUUUGACCGCGUAUCACAAAAUGAGGUCCUUAUUCACGAUGAUAACAACGUACCUAUGUUCACUCGAUGGAAGGGUCAACUCUGCUCACCUAUCGACCUCUAUAGCACUAAUACAGCGGUUGCCUGGUUCCUUGAUAAACUAUACGCUUUGAAAAAAACUUACGGCGUAGACGGAUUCGUUUUUCAGGGAGGCCAAUCGUCAACUUUGCCAUACUAUUAUGUAAACAACAGGGGCAGAAGUUACCUCGAUCAAUACUUAGAUGUAGUAAAAGACGUUAGUGAAUAUAUAGGAAGCCCCGGAGGAGAACGAGGUUUCGUAAUUCUAGGCGGACAAGAAGCUUCCUGGGAGGCUUUACGCAGCCUGCCAGCUAAGGUGAUGAUGAUCGGACUAUUUGGACAUAACCUGAUAAACCCAGGAUGUGUUGGGGGAGAUCUGGCCAUCGAAGCAGGGACCCACGAGGACACCGAACUGUAUGUCCGCUGGUGGCAAUUUGCCGUAUUCAUGCCCGUCCUACAGGUGUGUCGUGUUCCCAGUGGAAAUGGAGCAAUCGCCGAAUUUGAAGUUGUCAAAAUCAUCCGUAAAUUAGUCAAUCUUCGAGAAAAGAAGAUUCUCAAAGCAAUUGGCCGUUCCCUUGAAGAGGAACCGAAUUUCCCGGUUGUGCGACCUUUAUGGGCACUUGAUCCCAGGAACGACAACUGUUAUAAGUUCCCAAACCAAUUUGCUGUCGGAAACGAUAUGAUCGUUGCUCCGAUUGUCGAAGCCGGCGUCAACGAAACCGAAGUGUAUCUACCAUUCGGAACGUGGUGCGAGGACCAAAGGGUCCACCGUGGGGAGAAUACCGUAACCGUACGGGCAGAACUGGAUACAGUGAUAUAUUUUUUCCGGUGCAACAAAACUGCCAACAUUGUAUCAACCACCUAAGAAAAGAAAAACUGCCGCUAGCCAGACCCCCUUUAAAGGGUACUCUCUCGCUCUCUCAACUAACCCAGGCUCAAUCGAUUUACGUUCCUUUACCGGCCAUCUUGGUGAAAAAAAAAUCAAGCGCACAUGCAAGUUCAUGUUAGCGAUCCAAAUUAUCAACUUAUACUUGUGAUAACGUCGAAUUAACCUAAAUUUUAAUGAGAUGACCGCGAGCAGAUGACUAGUGUAUAUCCUGUGCUAUCUUUUAUGAUCAUUGUGAAGACUUUCAUUCAGGAUAACAUUAGGCGUCUCAUUGUCUUCGGCCCAGCCUGUAACCGUAUGACUAUUAUACCAGUCAUACAGUAACCAUCUGACAGUAUUACAUAAUUGCAGUUAUGUAUGUUACUAUUAAUAUAUUUUUUAAUAAGUAAUUAUGCAGAUUGCUCAUCGUGGUGCACACAUAUAUAUAUAUAUAUAUAUAUAUACGAACACAUAAUUAUAGGCAUUGGUUAGAAGGUCACAUGAUUUGUUGUUGCUAUUAUUUUAUACACAGCACGCAAUCAUCUAUUUUCAUAUGACGAAAGGCAGAUUUUGCAAUCAUAU